AGGCAGCGACAUUCUUACGGUCGUGCUCUAAGUCACCAGGGUGCGACCGGCCAGAAAAUAUGGCCGAUCUCGAAAGGAUCAGGCUGGUGGUGCUCGGCGGCGCCGGGGUCGGCAAAAGUGCCAUUAUACGCCGACUACUCGGUCAAGGCUUCAGCGAGCGAUACCGGCCCACCGUGGAGGAUCUGUACUCGCGAGAAUGCAUUCUUGGCACUCUGACGCUUAAAGUCGAUCUUCUAGAUACCGCAGGUGACCUGCAGUUUCCUGCAAUGAGGCGGUUGAGCAUAGCCACCGCCCACGCAUUCCUACUCGUAUACGCGACAUCAUCGUUACCAAGUUUCGAAUGCGUGAAACGUUGCUUCGAAGAAGUGAGAGAACAACGACCCGACUUCCAGGAAGUACCGAUAGUUAUCGCCGGGAACAAGCUUGACCUAGCGCCAGCACGAAGAGAGGUACCAAUCGAGGAUGUGAGCGAAUGGUUAUUUUGCGAAUUGCCGAAACUUCGCGCUAAGGUGAUGGAGUGCUCGGCAAAGGACGACUACAACAUUAAGGAUGUAUUCAGAUGUUUCGUCACGCUUUCCAAGAUCGUACCGAAAAAUCCUACUGGUGAGGUCGAGCAGUCGGGGCUCAGAAGAAGAUGUUCAGCGUAUGGAUCACGCAGGUCCGGCAGCCCUAGCGGCAGAACAGGUAGCGCGGGUCCCGGUGGGAAUCUCCAGCAAGUGGUCGCGGCCCAGGGUCCUAGCGUCGUCAGCGUUACUGAGGAGGUAAAGAGCAAACCACGUAGUCGCAGCCUAAUCAGGCGCACUUCAAGAAAAACGAAACAGCAGAUCAGGGAUGCCCGUGCUGACGACUGCAACAUCUCCUAAAUCUGCUAUCUCGACAGAGAAACGAGUUUUUUUCACGACCGGGAGUCCGCUGGUCCCGAUUAUUGCGAAGGAACGCAACAACGAGCAAUCGAGUUUUUUUGAUUAAGUGCGUUAAGGUAAGACUCGAGCUGACGUUUGCAAUUUGGAAGGAAACAAGUGUUUCCAUGUUUACAUGAAUAACGGAUUAACUUUUACUGCUUGCUCCGUCUUAAUCCACGGAAUUUUGAAAAGCAAGCGUGAUAAGUAGAUAAAAUGGAUAGUUCUAGAAGAAGUCUAGCUCGAAGUUCGAAAAGAUACAAAUCGACUUCGUAAGAUUUAUA